AUGUACAUAUUGGCUGACACCGUUGACGACGAGCCGGCAUUCCGUGCAUAUGCUCGUGAAACCGUCAACAGACACCGUCAGUUCAAGAUGGCUCCAGAGCUCUGGGGGGCAUUCUUCACAGUAUACGUGAACUUUUUGGAAACCCGUGGUGAACUGACCGAUGACCAGAAAGCUGCAUGGAAACAAAUGGGAGAGAUAUUCGACCAAGAAUGUCAAAGCCAUUUGAGGACUCUCGGACUGCCACAUGUUUGA